AAAAACACCUUCUACAAAAUUCUCUCCUAUUUUCGUACGCGUCUUAUAGUUCUGUGACUAGCUAACACCUUCGUUUAGAGAAGCAUUGCUGGUUUUCUUUUUUUUUUUCCGUGUUAUCGUGGUCCCCCGUUUCCUUUUGGACGAAAAAUAUUUUUAACGAUACGUCGUGGCAGGAAAGGCGCGGUUUCGCGAGUUGGUAACAGCCGGUUGUGCCACGGUAUCGUUGCACUGUGCCACGCGCUGACACGUGUGCACCGUCGUUGCAUCCGCGCUGGUCAUUAUGCAAUCGUUCACGGCGAUUUUACGCGCAAUUCGCAAGCUCCCGACGACGACGUUCGUGCACGGACGCCACGCGGAAGUCGUGGCCGAUUAGUAUUACCAGACGAUAGGUUUACGGAGAUAUCUGGCGGCCACGUGAUCGAGAUAUCGCGUGUUUGCCUUUUCAAUAACCCGUGCGCUUUCUUCUGCGUCGAUACGUUCGAAGACACGGCCAGAUUUCUGGGAUCGAUCUAUGGGUUCGUACGAAGCAGCCAGGAUGCUGGUGAGUCACAAACAUUGUGUGGAAUCAGAUCCACAGGUAUUUGCUAAAGAAAUUGCCCCUCACAGGUAUGCACUGCUUAGGUGCGGUGACAGGAGGCAUUCCCAGCCCAAAUGGGGUUGGUGGUCGGGGUGGCAUUCUUAGCGUGUUCCGAGCCCUUGGAGUCCUUGUGUGCGAAGGGAGGAUUCAGGGCCCUCCUCGAGGUUACAGAGAGGGCCCACAUUGCGCAGCGCCUAUGCAGGCGCCUCCAAAUGACCAUGCGUGCGUGGAAGACAAUUACUUGUGCGAUCGAUAUCUCGUGCUCGUUCAAGAGAUCGCGGACCGUACCGCGGUCGGAUCGUUCCUGUGCAUCGAGGUGGUGUUGUGCAGCGACUGUCCGUGCGGUUUGGCCAAAGCUGCGACCAAGAACCCGAUCUGCACCGUCCCGUCCUUAUCAAUCUCGCCAUGGCAACACGCGUCGGAGAUGCUGCUGGAGUACUGGUGUGUCUGCGCCGUUCCCAGCAAGAGUCCGGAGACGAUGAACUUCUACGGCCUGUACCAGGCGGUUCGUUCACGGCUUCACUUCAGCCAGGUCGCUGCUUGGUGGUCCCGAAGCAACGGCGCCGAACCAAGCUACAUCGCGACCAGGGUGGUGCCGUACAACGAGGAAAAUCUGAUGAAGUUCCGGGAAACACCCGUGGAGCACACCUUCCCUCUGGCUGGCAACGGCGAUGGAAAUUCGAUAAAGGUCACCGUGUGGGCACUGCCGAGGAUGGAAGAGAUGCCGAUUCUCACCUGCCCGCUGCACCCGAUCAAAGAGAAGGACGAGGAGGGUGUCGCGAGGGCUUUGACACCCACCAAGGCUAUACCGGUGCCCAGCGCUUCGCAGAACCCCGAGGCUCUGGUUUUGCCUGCUUUGGUGGACGACCGGCUGCAGACGCCGUGCAACAAGCCCGGUAAGCAUCACUGUCGCUGCGAGGAGGAGGACGUCUCGCCGCCGUCGCCGUCGAUCCUGCGACCGAACGGCGAGAGGAAACGACGCAGGUCGCUUCCUUGCGGACCCUCUGACGCUACGCCCUGCGUGACCAUCCAACCGAUGCCUCUGCCGUCCGUGCAGGAGGCAGCCACGCAGGAGUCGAAGAUCAGCCAGAGCUCCAGCUACCCGAAGUGCUCGAUAUCUGCCGAGAUUUCGAACAACCGGACCGCGAAGCCUGUGCAGAGCCAGUCGUUCAAGCUGGAGGAGAACGGGAUCAGGAACCGCAACAAUCUGAACUCCGACAACCUGGAGCGUUGCUUCAAGUCGCAGCUGAGCAUCGAGGAGCGCGAGGGGAACGUGGAGAAGCGUUACAAGCGGAUGAUCGAGGACCCGGAGCCGUCGCAGACGAAGCUGGCGGCCGCAGGCGUGAAGGAGAAGCAGUGCAAUCUGGAGAAGGACUCGCAGGGGGGUAGCAAGAAGAUCAAGGAACCGGAGGGCAAGUCCGCGGAGAAGAACGGUCUGUUCGAGAACCUGAUACCGUUCAACUCCUCGUUGCCGUGGUCGUUCGUCGAGUCGUGGAACAACAGCGCCGCGAACGGGAAGUGCGCGUUCCAGAGCCUACGCGGGAACAAGGACGGGUACUUGAACGACCCGGAGAGAAUCUGCAAGCCGGCCGUGUCCAAGGAUUCGAGUCUCGCGGUAAACCCGUUCAAGCAACCCAGUCCUUUCCACGAGUCAAAUCCAGGCCCGUCGACGAAUAAUCGGUUGAAGCAGGAGUCGUUGAACUCCGCGUGCAUGGUGCAUCAGAGCUGCGCGAAACCGUCGAACAAGCUGGCGUUGCCGGGUCAGGAGGCCCUGGAAUCGGGCCUGAGCCCCGCGGCGAACAACAGAGGCAGACCCGGGAAGGAUCUGAGCCAAUUGAUGUCGAAGCUGUCGUUCCCCGAGGAGAAGGAGAAGCCGAAGGAGGAAGGUGGAUUCUUGGAUUGGUUCAGCAAGGUGCCAGGAAGAGUACUGGGUGUCGCGCCCAGCAACGGUUACGUGGACAACAAGGUGAAGGCCACGAAUCUGAAGAGCCAGGAUCAGCACGGGAACGAGGUCAGAUUCAAGAAUUGCAACCUGGAGCUGAGUCAGCGGGAGUUCGACGAGGUUCUGGCGGUGCUCAGGGCCAGAACACCGUCGGGACGCAAGAGGACCAGCGUGAAGACAUCGAGAAGGCGGGAGAGGUCGGAGAAAUCGGUGGAGGACGGGACGGACAGGAAGUACGUGAACCUGGACAACAGCGAGUGCUCGACGAACAACAUCGUAAACCAUGCGAAGAUCUGCGAGGGUUUCGGGCACAAGCUGUGCAGGAAGAACGACCAACAGGCCUUGGACAAGUCCAGUAUCAACGAGAUCUAUGGCAAUAAGAAUAUCUACGAUCCGUCGCGUAAACGCGAGAAACUCGACGGCGGCGGGCUGAGCGAGGAUCUGCAAGCUGUGAAAUGCAAUAACGUCGAGAAACGAGCGAAUGAGCCGAUGGACUGCUUGCAGAACGUCUCGAACAAAGCGGACAUACUACUGGGAGCAAUCUUACGUACCAGCAGAGAACGAAGAAACCUGCCGGAGGUUUCGAGCGGGACCAAACCCAGGUCCGUCUUGCCGGCGUCCAGCGGCGAAACGGAGAACGAUUACGAGAAAGUGGCUCUGGAGCAGAGAACCACCGUGCCAUUGGAGGACGAGAAAUCAUUGCACAUGGCGUUGAACAAGAGAUUCAACCGGUUGCGGCAGCUGUUCAAGAAGGAGCAAGAGAAGAAGGCGAGCUCGACGACGGAGGACGGUACCCAAGACCUGGUCCAGCAGCCGGUUCAACGUUCGUUCUCUUACAACAACGUACAGCCGAACCUGCACGAUCCAAAGAACCUGAGGGUCAGCAAGGCGAAGAGGAGGAUCGAUUUCUCGAAUUUCGCCGCGGUAACGGAGAAGCGCGACGCGUGCACCGAUCCGUCGGAGCUUAGUACAAAUGGCGCGCACAAAAACUCAAGAAUCUAUAGUACAAAUUACAAGAAGGAAGGCAGCUGUGGACACGAUAAUCCGGAGUCGUCCAAGUGGCCGAACAGACUGCACAGUACAAACAAAGAGGGUGGCACAGCUGGCCAGGAUGCCGGGGAAGAAGAAGCGAUCUCGAAACUGCUCAAAGAUCCUGCCACCGGUGUCGCGGCGAAGAGCAACGGUUACUCGGUCGCCAAGCCACGAAGCAACGGCCACGCAAAGGACAGCACGGUCGCGGAGGAGGACGAGACCCUCGACAAGAUGGUGCCGACCGCGAUCGAGCAAGAAAGAUUCAGACGGUCCUUGGAAAACGCGGCGUCGAUGGUGUUCCACAGCAGGACUGGCCUGCCGUUGACUUCCAGUCCAGCGCCAUUGAGAAGGGGCAGCUGUUGCUUCGAUUACGAUAGCAGCUUGAACUCCGUCUCCUCCAAGAGAAGCGCGCUGUUCGAGCUGAACACACCGCCGAGUCCUGGCGCGGUGUCUUUGGAGGAAACCGACAGGGAGACCGAGAACCAGGGCGAGGGCGAGGAGACCCUGAAGAGACGGUCCACGUCUCGCAGCAGACCUCAGAGCCACGCUCUUCUGGGCAGCUUCGAGGAGUCGGCCUUGAACGGCAGACUCGAACCGGUGUCCACUGUUCACGGUUUCACCGCCGAGCUCGGAGCGAGCGGUUCCUUCUGUCCGAAACAUCGAAAGCUUCCGGUCACUGUGUUCUUCUACACGCUCGGUGACAAUGACAAAGUUUCCACGCCCUAUCUCGCACAUAUUAAUUUGGGCAAAAAGGGCUACCAAGUACCAAGAAGCGGUACUAUUCAAGUAACGCUUCUCAAUCCUUUGGGUACAGUCGUUAAGAUGUUCGUAGUACUAUACGAUCUUUCUGAUAUGCCGCCACGAUCUCAUACUUUUUUACGUCAGAGAACACUGCGGGACAAAACGCUACGCUACCUCGUUCAUCUUAGAUUUAUGUCCGGCAAGUCGGGCCGUAUUUACUUGCACACGGACAUCCGUAUGAUCAUUUGCCGGAAGUCGGACGUCGACACGGCGUCCGAUUUCGGCUCGGAGCCGCCAAAGGAACUCAGGAGCUACAUCCACGGUCCCACCAAUCCGAAAUUUUCGCCAAGGUGCUGAGCCGCGUGGCUGUUUCCGUGGGGUUGCUGCCAAUCGCUCCGCUCGCCUAGUCCCCUUCACGCAGAGGUUUGAUCGAGAUCGGUAUUUGGCGCAGAUUUCUCGGGGAAAAAAAAAAAAAAAGAGAAAGAUUG